AUGGAAGGAAACAAUCUCACAGUUGUGAAGGAAUUCAUUCUCCUGGGAUUUUCUGAUCUUCCCAACCUCCAAGGAUUUCUCUUUGGUGUUUUCUCUGUCAUCUACCUAAGUAUAUUGAUAGGAAAUGGUCUCCUCAUUGUCAUUACGAAGAUUGAUCCAGGUCUCCAAACACCAAUGUAUUUUUUCCUGGGGAACUUUUCCUUCUUGGAAAUCUGUUACACAUCAGUCACUCUACCCAGAAUACUGGCAGAUCUCUGGACCCAAAAGAGAACUAUUUCAUUCCUACAAUGUGCUGUACAAACUUGUUCCCUUUAUAUUCUGGGAGUGGCAGAAUGCUUGCUCCUGGCAGUGAUGGCAUAUGAUCGUUAUGUGGCCAUCUGUAAGCCUCUCUACUAUCCUCUCAUCAUGAACCACAAUGUAUGUAUUCAGCUGAUUGUGGUGUCCUGGGUUAUUGGGGUUCCAAUACUUAUAGUAGAAACCUAUCUGAUUUUCUGUCUGAAUUUUUGUGGCCCUAACAAACUUAAUCAUGUAUUUUGUGAUGCUCCACCAUUAUUGGAGUUGGCUUGUGGAGACACAUAUAAGAUAGAAAUCUCUGUUCAAGUUGCUGCUUUGGCAUUUGUCAUAACUCCAUUUUUAUUGAUACUCACUUCCUAUGUUAAAAUCAUAACCACCAUCCUGAGACUGCCUUCUACCUCAGGUAGAGCCAAGGCCUUUUCCACCUGCUCUUCACAUCUCAUGGUUGUAGGCUUAUUCUAUGGGUCUGGAAGUAUUGUGUAUUUGAGGCCAAAAACCCGCCACUCCACUGGAUCAGUCAAAGUGUUUGCUCUUUUCUAUACCACUGUCACCCCAGUAUUCAAUCCCUUGAUAUAUAGCCUCAGAAAUAAGGAUGUCAUUGCUGCACUGAAAAAAUUGCUUCCUAAGUGA